AUGUCUAGUGAGAGAGCAUGCAUGCUUUGUGGAAUAGUGCAGACCACGAACGAGUUUGGUAGAGUGGGGUGUCCUAACUGUCAAGGUAUAUUUGAAGAAGCUGGUGUUUCGACCAUGGAAUGCACGUCGCCGUCUUUUGAAGGUCUAGUUGGUAUGUGUAAACCUACUAAAUCAUGGGUUGCCAAAUGGCUGAGCGUCGAUGCAAAUAUACCAGGCAUGUACGCAGUGAAAGUUGAUGGUAGACUUCCACCAGAAGUGGUUGAGUUGCUGCCACACUACAAGCCAAGAGAUGGUAGUCAAGUUGAGUAG